AUGAAUGAUCAUAGAUCAAAGAUGAUGAUAAUAUCUCCAGGCUUAUUACCAACUGAAUCAUUACUAGAUUCAUUGGUUUUAAUAUCCAAUGAAGUUAGUUCAAUUGAAAAUUUUCCAUUAGUACAAAUAAAAAAUGUAUCUUCCAUGAUAAGAAGGAUCAAGCUUCUUUCAUCAUUGUUUGAAGAGAUUCAAGAAUCCGAUACACCGCUUCCGCCUUCGUCGAUUCUUUGUUUCACAGAACUCUUUUCCAUGAUCACAAGAGUGAAGAUUCUGAUUCAAGAAUGCAAAGAUAGAAGCUCUCUUUGGAGUCUAAUACAAUUAGAAUUCGUUUCGAAUCAGUUUUUCGUGCUUGUGAAAGAAUUCGGAAGGGCUUUUGAUAUUCUUCCUUUGAAUUUGCUUCAUGUGACAAAUGAUAUAAAGGAGCAGAUUGAGCUUUUGCAUAGACAAUCUAAGAGAGUUGAAGUUGAAUUGUUUAUUGAUCCUAGAGAGGUUCAAAGAAGAGAAAAACUUUUGGAAGUAAUGUCGAAGAAUUGCUUGCAGAACAAGAAAACUAAUAAAGGGUUUAUUGAUUUUGUGAAAGUUGAAGAGAUAAUGAGUAGCAUUGGUUUGAGAACAUUAUCGGAUUACGUCGAGGAAAUAUCGAAAUUAGAGGUUGAAGCACAGAGUCAAGCGGGGACAGGAGGACUAAUCGUGGUCUCGAAUAUAAACAAUCUCAUGCUGCUCGUUUCGUAUACGAAAUCAAUGGUAUUCAGAAACGAAGAUGAAUCAGAAGAGUGUAGGCCAUUAUCUAUGUUUCUAUACAACAAAACUAAAAUACAUGAUAAUGAUAGUACUUUUUUAUCAUCAUCUUCUUCUCGGUCGAUGGUUAGUAUUCCGGACGAAUUUCGCUGCCCGAUUUCACUAGACCUAAUGAGGGAUCCUGUGAUUGUUUCAUCAGGACAUACUUAUGAUCGAGUUUCGAUUGCGGAGUGGAUAAACUCGGGUCACAAUACUUGUCCUAAAAGUGGACAAAGACUAAUUCACACUGCUCUCAUACCAAACUAUGCAUUGAAGAGUCUUGUUCAUCAAUGGUGCUACGAAAACAAUGUCUCGGUGAACGAAAAUAACAGUAGUAGCAAAAGGCACAAGAAUGAGAAUGCAAUUGAUCACAUUUCAGCAAACAAAGCAUCAAAAGAUGCUGUCAAAAUGACAGCAGAGUUUCUUGUUGGAAAGUUAGCAACUGGUUCGACAGAUAUCCAAAGACAAUCCGCGUACGAGAUUCGCCUCCUCGCGAAAACUGGUAUGGACAACCGAAGAAUCAUAGCCGAGGUAGGCGCGAUUCCGUUUCUAGUAACACUUUUAGUAUCUAAAGAUUCAAGAAUCCAAGAACACGUGGUGACAGCGUUAUUCAACCUAUCGAUCUACGACAAUAACAAGAUUCUAAUCAUGGCUGCGGGAGCUAUUGAUAACAUAGUCGAAGUACUCGAGUCGGGGAAAACAAUGGAAGCGCGAGAAAAUGCUGCAGCAGCUAUAUAUAGUUUAUCAAUGAUAGAUGAUUGUAAAGUGCAAAUUGGAGCAAGUUCUAAGGCAAUACCUGCAUUAGUAGGACUAUUAAAAGAAGGUACACCAAUUGGAAAAAAAGAUGCUGCUAUUGCAUUGUUUAAUCUUGCAGUUUAUAAUCCUAACAAGUUAAGCAUUGUUAAAAGUGGAGCAGUUACUUUACUUGUUGAGUUGUUGAUGGAUGAUAAAGCUGGGAUAACCGACGAUUCGUUGGCCGUGCUGGCCGUGUUGCUAGGUUGUUCUCAAGGGUUGGAAGAGAUAAAGAAUAGUAAGAGUUUGGUGCCAAUUCUUAUUGAUCUUUUGAGAUUUGGAUCAGUGAAAGGGAAGGAAAAUGCAAUAACACUUUUGCUUGGAUUGUGUAAAGAAGAAGGAGAAUUGGUUGCAAGGAGAUUGUUGGCAAAUCCAAGGAGUAUUCCUUCUCUACAAAGUUUGGCUGGUGAUGGUUCUUUGAGAGCUAGGAGAAAAGCUGAUGCAUUGCUUAGGUUGCUUAAUAGGUGUUGUUCUCAACCUCAUCAUUCUUUGUGA